AUGUUAACUAGCUGUCCUCAGCAGAAGCCUCUGUCCCAAACCAUCACAGGAAAGAGAGGCUAUGUUUUAGAUCAGUCUCAGGUACAUGAUGUUUGCAAGCCAGCUGGUGGCCAACAGCCAAGUCAAGGGUCGCAGGAGCCGCCGGACAGAGUCCCGGGGCAGUGCCCGCUGUGGAAGGGGCAGGGACACCUGGUUCCUCCCGCCCGAGUGGAGUGGGGGCUGGGUGUGAGGAGCGCCCGCCCACCACGCACCGCGGCGGGCUCUGGGCAGCCGGGGGCGGGAGGGCGCAAGGCCGGGGCUGAGUCGCCACAGGUGUCCCGUGCUCCGCCCGGCGUCCGCAGACACACCCGCCCGCAGCGAGGAAGUGCAGACUCUCUCUCGCGGGCUCGAAGCCUACGGACCCGGGGCUGGAACCGGGCCCACCGCUCCGCUCCGCCUCACGCCGUCGGCGCCCGGGGCCCGCUGCCCCCGGGAAGCCAGGCCCCCGCCCCCGCCCAGCCCUCCAGAGGGACCGCGCACCGAGCAGCGGCCGGAGCCGCCAGCAGGCGGGUGCCCAUGCGGGUCCCGGCGCCCCACAACACUCACCCGACGCCCUCACUCGCUCGUUUGCCGCGGGGUGGCUCCGGCAGAGGCGGUGAGGUCCUCGCCGGGCGGUGGCUCCGCGCCUCAAAUACGUGCGGCCAGGCCCGCCUCUCCCGGGGCGGGGCCGCCACUCCUGCCAGCCCGGCCCCUCCCUGUGGGCCAGGUUGGGCGAGUCCCAGGCCCCGCUGGACAGCCUGGCGCCGUGGCUCCAGGGCGCAGAGGAGACGCCUGACCACGGGCAGUGGCGGGUGGGACCCCGACCCGCGGCCCCCAUCGCCGCAGCGUCCAGUCGGUCCCCUCCGCGCCGUUCCCCAUCCCCACGUUCAACUGCCUCUCUCCAGAUUCACCUGCUAA